AUGUCCAACAGCAGCUCCAUCACCCACUUCCUCCUGCUGCCAUUCCCAGGCACAUGGCAGCUGCAGCUGCUGCACUUCUGCCUCUUCCUGGCCAUCUACCUGACUGCUCUCCUGGGCAACAGCCUCAUCAUCGCCACCAUAGCCUGGGACCACCACCUGCACACCCCCAUGUACUUCUUCCUCCUCAACCUCUCCAUCCUUGAUUUGGGAUCCAUCUCCACCAUUGUGCCCAAGACCAUGGCCAAUUUCCUCUGGGGUACCAGGGACAUCUCCUAUGUUGGAUGUGUUGCACAAGUUUUCCUCUUUGUCUUUUUUCUUUCAGCAGAGUAUUUUCUCCUCACCAUCAUGGCCUACGACCGCUACGUUGCCAUCUGCAGAUCCCUGCACUAUGGCACCCUCCUGGGCAGCAGAGCUUGUGCCCACCUGGCAGCAGCUGUCUGGGCCAGUGGCUUUCUCUAUACUCUGCUGCACACAGCCAAUACAUUUUCCCUGCCCCUCUGCCAGGGCAAUGCUGUGCACCAGUUCUUCUGUGAGAUCCCUCAGAUCCUCAAGCUCUCCUGCUCUAGCUUUUACCUCAGGGAAUUUCGACUUCUUGUCUUUAGUGCUUUAGUCUUUCUGGGAUGUUUUGUGUUCAUUGUGGUGUCCUAUGUGCAGAUCUUCAGGGCAGUGCUGAGGAUGCCCUCUGAGCAGGGACGCCACAAAGCCUUUACCACCAGCCUCCCUCACCUGGCUGUGAUCUCCCUAUUUUUGGGCACUGCCAUAUUUGCCUGUUUGAAGCCUCCCUCUAUCUCCUCCCAAAUCCUGACUCUUUUGGCUGCCGGUCUGUACUCAUUGGUGCCUCCAGCAGUGAACCCCCUCAUUUAUAGCCUGAGGAACCAGGAGCUUAAGAAAGCAGUUUGGAAACUUUUGAAAAUGCUUUCCAGAAGCUAUAGGGUGUCUGUGUUCUUCACCCUGUGA